CCCGCAGAAGCGGCAGCAGCAGCUGGAGCGGCGGUGGCAAUAGCGGGCGCUAGACAUCUGAAGACAUUGCUGGCAGACCCUGGGCUCCGCACAUCCGCCUGGCUGUUGCAUGGAGAACUGAGUGACCAAGAGGAAAGAUAAACAGGCCUGGUCACCACUAUGGAACCCAGGGACACCAGGAAGGGGAGACUGGAGAAAGAGAUAUGAAGGUUCAUCUCCCAGCACCAUGUCCCGGCUGUACACAGGACUAAAGUGAGGGGCCAGGUGUGGACCCUGCCCAGGGCAGCAUGACCAAGCCUCGGCUCUUCCGGCUAUGGCUGGUACUGGGGUCGGUCCUCAUGAUUCUUUUGAUCAUUGUUUAUUGGGACAAUGUGGGCACUGCCCACUUCUAUCUACACACGUCCCUAUCCAGACCACACAUCUUGGAGUCCCUGCCCACCCCAGGACUGGGUGGUGAGAAUGUAUUCACUUCCGAUGUGGACGAGUUUUUGGACACAAUACUUAGUUCCGAUGCAAAGCAGAAGGACCAUUCCAGAAGAAAAACUGAGCAGCCCCCCGUGCUCACCCCCAGCAAGCCGGUCCUGGACCACAUGGAGGAGAAUGUGAGAGGCUACGACUGGUCCACUCAUGAUGCCCAGCAGAACCCAGACCGGGACCGGCAGCAGGCUGAGAGGAGGAGCCUGCUGAGAGACUUCUGUGCCAAUGCCAGCCUGGCAUUCCCCACCAAGGACCGCUCUUUUGAUGACAUCCCCAACUAUGAACUCAACCACCUGAUCGUGGACGAUCGCCACGGGGUCAUCUACUGCUACGUGCCCAAGGUAGCCUGUACCAACUGGAAGCGAGUGAUGAUCGUGUUGAGUGAGAGCCUGCUGGACCGGGGCAGCCCCUAUCGAGACCCCCUGGACAUCCCCCGGGAGCACGUGCACAACACCAGCACGCACCUGACUUUCAACAAGUUCUGGCGCCGCUAUGGGAAGUUCUCGCGACACCUCAUGAAGGUCAAGCUGAAGAAAUACACCAAGUUCCUGUUUGUGCGCGACCCCUUCGUGCGCCUCAUCUCGGCCUUCCGCAGCAAGUUCGAGCUGGAGAACGAGGAAUUCUACCGCAAGUUCGCGGUGCCCAUGCUCCGGCUGUAUGCCAACCACACAAGCCUGCCCGCCUCGGUGAGCGAGGCCUUCAGCGCCGGUCUCAAGGUCUCCUUUGCCAACUUCAUCCAGUACCUGCUAGACCCCCACACCGAGAAGCUGGCGCCCUUCAACGAGCACUGGCGACAGGUGUACCGCCUCUGCCACCCAUGCCAGAUAGACUAUGACUUCGUGGGGAAGCUGGAGACCCUGGAUGAGGAUGCUGCCCAACUCCUGAGGUCCCUCAAAGUGGACUCCCAGCUCCACUUCCCCCCGAGUUACCGGAACAGGACGGCCAGCAGCUGGGAGGAGGAUUGGUUUGCCAAUAUCCCCCUGGCCUGGAGGCAGCAGCUCUAUAAACUCUACGAGGCUGACUUUGUUCUCUUUGGCUAUCCCAAGCCAGAAAACCUGCUCAGAGACUGAGUUCCCCAGCACCAAAUAAGCACCCACGCUAUCCCAUUAAACUGAAUGACUGUCGUAGUGAGGCAGUCCUUUGAGGAUGGGGUCUCUCCUGGCUUCUUUGGCCUUCUGGUGUGACAGGUGGAGGGUGCCGCACCUUUCUCAACAGGAGACCACAGAACAGUCAAGACCCUAGCACCUCACACUCCAGGGUUUUACACACCCCACCCUUUUGCAAUCUGGAUUUGUUUACUCCGCAGCCUGUGUUCAUAGGACACUGUUAAUACUGUUUUCUAAGAUUAAUAUAUUUCAGAUAUAUUUAAUACGAAAGUGGGAGAGAGCUGGAGUAAAGCGUGGCGCCCACACCCUUGUGCUCUUGUGAUUCUUUGGGUCAGGCAACAGCACACACAAGAAGGGGCCCAGGAGUUGAUGGGAUAUCCAAGCCUCACCUCCCCUGGAGGGGGACAGUCUCAAAGUGUCUUCACUAGACAACAGCCUAAAUUUGAAGCCAGCUGUCUCCGUUUGCUGUUACUGUAACAAACCCUCUGAGGUUCAUUAAUUUUUAAGGGCCUGGUGAGACCCUGUGAGGCCCUCAGGGAGGUGGUAGCAGCUGGAAUAUGUGCAAGAGGGAAGGAUCUCACUAGACAGGAAACAGAGUGUGGCUGUGGUCCUUGUGCCUCUUCCGAGGGCAUUGGUUCGCUCAGCUUCGAACUCCCUGGCCCCUGAGGACAAGACCCCUGGGUGACAUAGCCAAACCAUCCCCAGUCAUCACAGGCUUUGCUUGUAGUAUUUUUUAAAAAUUUGUUUAUGUAUGUGUUUUGUCUACACGUUUGUCUGUGCACCAUGCGCGUGCAGUACCCACAGAAGCCAUAAGAGGGCGUCGGAUGCCCUGGAAUCCAGUUUUGGGUGCCUGAGAGCAGCCAUGUGGGUGCCAGGUCCUCUGGAAGAGCUCUUAACCUCUGAGCCAUCUCUCCAGCCCCUAAGUCCUUUGAUGAAGUGGGGAUGCAUUUGAGAAGGGUAAGCACUGACAUCAUAUCUAGGGCUCCCUGAAGAAAUGGGCUCAGAGGUAAGCUCUUGUCAGGUCGGAGGCUCAAAGCAAAGCUGAUUGUAUCCUAGCUGUCAGAUUCACAGCCAUUGCCCCAACCUAGUGAUGUAGGUCUGUUAUCCCAGCUACUUGGGAUGCUGAGGCAGGAGGGCCACAAGUUAAAGGCCUGCCUGGAUUACAGAGUGAAUUCAAGGCAAGGGCAACCUGAGCAACUCAGUGAGACACUAUCUAGAAAUAAAACAUUAAAAGUGGGCUCAGUGGUAGAGCCCCUUCCUAGAAUUCCCCAGUGAGGGCCUGGGGUGUGGCUCAGUGGUAGAGCACCUGCCUAGAAUCCCCCAGUGAGGGGCUGGGGUGUGGCUCAGUGGUAAAGCUCCUGCUUAGAAUCCCCCAGCGAAAAGUUAGAUGUGUGGUGUUUAAUUGAACACACAGGAUCCUGAGUAUGCUGUUGAAUUAGUAUGUUGGUAUUUGAUAAACUACCAUUUUAUCAUCAUGGGUUGAAAAUGUCCCAUUAAGAAAAGAAAAUGGAGCCAGCUGUGAUGAUACAUGCCUUUAAUCCCAGCAUUUGGGAGGCAGAAGCAAACUGAUCUCUGUGAGUUCAAGGCCAGCAUGGUUUACAGAGCAAGUUCUGGGACAGCCAGGGCAACACAGCAGAGAAACCCUGUCUCAAAAAACCAAAAGAAAAGAAAAGAGGAAAAAAGGAAAUAAAAGGAAUGGCAUGGAACCUUCUGAGGUGGUGUUUGUGCAGGCAGGCAUUGGAUACUCAUCAGUAUUAAAAAAAUUUAAUAGUAUCAUUAAUAUUCAUAAAGGCUGAUGAAUAUUUAUGACCAUUUCCUUUCUCUGCCAAGACCCAGUCAGGGAGACCAAGGCCUUCUAUUGGAGAGUUCAUUUCAAACCACCAGGGAGAUGGCUAGUUCUUCUACAACACUGUGGCCAGACAUCUGACAGAGACAGCUUGAGAAAAGAUUUGAUUUUUAAAUUACAUUUAUUUGGGACUGGAAAAAUGGCUCAAUUCUUAAGAGCACUGACUGGUCUUGACCCAGAGGACCUGGAUUCAAUUCCCAGCACCCACAUGGCAGCUCACAACUGUCUGUAAUUCCAGUUCCAGGGGACCUGACACCCAUGGCAAAACACCAAUGCACAUAAAAUAAAAAUAAAUAAAUUUAAAUUAUAGUUAUUUUGUGUGGGUAUGUACCUGCCUGUGCCCAUACACACACGUGCAUACCACAACCUCCCUGUAGAUUCAGAAGCUGACUUGCAGGGGUUGGUUCUUUUGCUUCCACCAUGUGGGUUCCGGGGAUUAGACUCAUGUUAGACAGGGCAGCAAGCCCCUUUACCUGCCGAGCCGUCUUGUCAGCUCAGAUGGAGGAUUUAUUUUGGCUGACGGUUCAGAGUAUUCAGUGUAUCAUGGUGGAAUUCA